AUGUCUGUGCCCCAGUCUCCAUCCACUGACACCCCAGAAGCGGCGCAAAACAAUUUAAAUGCGCAUGAUAAUGUAUUCGACGAAGAGGAACUCACUAGUGGUCAGAAUAACGCCGCCGAUAACCGCGAUUACACGACACGAAUGGAUGAAAUUCUAGAGGAUGAUAACGAUGAGCAGGUUGGCAGUGAUGAAGAACCGUUCAAAUACGCCGGAGUAGAUGCGUCAGUAGAGGCAACCAUGGAUUACAACUCUCAGCUUCACGAUAUUCUCGGGCCAGAUGAUGAAGCUGGAGAGCAAGAAGUUGAAGUCGAGCUUCGACAGUUCGAUGAUUCAGAUGAGUUUGAAACCCAAGGACUCGCGCAAGGCGAUUUACAUGGGUACCCUAUAACCAAUUCAAAGCCAAUCUCAUUACCAGUGUCACCUCAACGUGUAACCUCUCCUGAACCUCAAGAUCCACUCAAACGCCCAGCUUUCUUGCAUCCCCAUGUAUCUCGGCUUCGCUCUUUCGUACCUCAAGAUCGACAUUCAUCAGCUUCCCAGGCUAGUUACGCGUCGCAGCGUUCAGCCAGCGGAUUGCCCGCACUUUCUGCCGCUCCAUCUCACUUUUCCGCUAUAUCUCGAUCUUCUUCAAGGUCUAGGCUAUCUGAUAACUCCCAAAAACCCAUUCGGGACGCUUUCAGGUGGACAACGCUCGAUACCGCUAGCAGUCUAACACACUCCACCUCCUUGUACGGGCGUGCGACUGUUCUGGCGGCGAACGGCUUAAUAUGCCUGGGAACUUCUUCAUCGCGUGCACUUAUAUUUGAUUUUCGACAACAAUUGAAGCAUGUCAUCACGCCCCCAAAUACAUUGACCACGCAUCCUGGUGCUGUAACCGCCAUUGCCCUAUCGACAGACCACACCUAUGUCGCCGUUGGACACGGCAGGGGACAUGUAUUCCUGUAUGAUCUUUCAAGCCCUCAAACUCCAGCACGUACUGUGGAACCUGUCUCACUCAAAGCUGUUCUCGCUGGUCGCAAAGAAGGGCAUCUCAUCGACACUCCUGUAAUUCAUGUCAGUUUCGUUGGCGCCAGACAUACAGCAAUCGUUACUGCUGAUGCCGCGGGACUAGCGUUCUACCACAGCCUCGGGAAGCUCUUUUUUGUCGAAGCAAGCGACGUAGUUAGAAUUCUAGGUCGCUAUCCAACACCUGUGGAGGCACCCAUUGGUCCCGCUACUGAAGCACGUCUUCGGCCUGACGUGAAAGGAAAGGGAAAGUCUGCUGAUAACGCAGCACAUGCCCGCAUACCAACGACUGCCAUCGUUCGAGUUGCAUCUCUGCCCCUUGGGACUAUACAACAUUCAACAGAUGGGUAUCAAAUCCAAGCUUUGAUCACCCCCUCAAAAUUAAUAGUCGUUGGGUUUAAGCCAUCUCCCAAAACUUGGUUUAGACGCCAUAAUCCAAAUCAAGGGUCGAGGAAUGAGCCAUUGCUGGCCUGGUUUCCUGCCUAUACGACGUCCAAUAGUAUCAGUAAACAAAGCGACACUGGACGCGGGAAAGUCGGUUCUAUUGCUUCCCCAGUUCUCGUCUAUACCUGGGGGAACAUUCUUCAUUUUCUCGGAGUCAAAGAGGAUCGCAUCACCCAACGCGUGCGAGACGAGAAGAAGGGGAAAAUCGACAGGCUCGAAGUUGGGACGUUGGUAUUUAACGAACUAAAGACUAUUGAUUUGGGCGAACAUGAACAAGUUAGGGCGCUUCAGUGGCUCAAUACUCAGCAAUUACUUGUGGUGGUACGGCCCACUGCUCUCCUUGUUUACGACGUACCAAGUGGUAACAAAGUAGAGAGUGUGGACUUAGACCACAGCUGGUUACACCCUGUGAUGUUUACACCUCAAAUGCCGUCAUCCGUAUCCCACAACGUGAAAGUUUACAAAGGCAAGACAUUCUUGUUGGGGCAAGACGAGCUACGGGUCGGGACUCUUCUCUCGUGGGCAGACCACAUCCUGAACCGCGUUAAAUCGGGUGAUUUUAUUGGUUCCAUCGAUCUGGCACGAGAAUACUAUACCUCUACCGCACCAGGGAGCACCUAUGGUCUUCCCCCAGAUCCCAGACCCGUAGUUGGAGCUAAAUUGCUGGAACUAAUGUCAUCUUCCGCCCAAUUCGCGUUUUCGGAGCAGCGUAUGCGGGAGGGCAGUGGUGCCAAUAGCGACCCGACUCUUUAUCCUCGCUUAGUGGAAUCAUGUGCAAAGGCUUGCAUGGCUAUGGGCGAUAUGUCAUUCUUCUAUGACGAUCUAUGGGAAGACUAUGCCGAACAUGGGAUUGGUGCAAUAUUUUUGGAUACUCUCAUACCCUUGGUGCUGGAUAACAUGGUCCCAUCUGAUGUCCCACCUGUCGUAUCACAGCGCCUAGUGGAAUAUUGCGACGAGCGAGGUGAACAUAAGCAGGCCGAAAAGCUGAUAUGGCAUAUUGAACCUGAAUGCUUGGAUGUGAACCAUGCGAUUGGCCUUUGCAAGCGACACGCCUUGUACGAUGCACUCAUAUAUGUUUACAACGCUGGUUUGCACGAUUAUGUCUCUCCAAUCGUCGAAUUCCUAUCGCUGAUCAGAGACAUUCAGAAACGGCGAAGAGAAGAUUCCGGGUCGGAGGCACUGGAGACAUACUUGGAAGAAGCUGUUCCAAAUGCAUAUAAAGUCUACGACUAUCUAAAUAACAUAUUGACCGGUCUUUCGUAUCCUUCCAAGCGCCGUAUGGACAAUGGGGUCGAUCAAGCUAAAGCAAGCGUGUACUCUUUUUUAUGCUUCGGAAGGUCGAGCACCUGGGCCGGAAAACUUGUACUCACCGCGGAGGAAGACGGAGGAGUGGAGCCACCCUAUCCCUACCUUCGACAAUUGCUCCGGUUCGAUGCGGAGGCCCUGCUAAAUUCGCUAGACCUUGCUUUCGAAGACUCGUAUCUCAACGGCCCCGAUGAGGCAGUCAGCCGACAAGUGAUUAUAAACAUCCUUCUGGAUGUGCUUGCAUCGCCUCCAACUACAGGUUCAUCGAAUCUAUCAGCUAGCGCCACCAGUUUCAUCCGAAUAUUUAUCGCCCGUAAUGUCCCAAAAUAUCCUCAGUUUAUACAUAUUUCCCCUAGCGCUCUUCAUCGCAUACUCGUCGCCCUUGCCUCCGAUUCUGAUUCCGAGACCCGAGAAGAUUGCCAACUAGCCGCGGAAUUCUUGCUUUCGGUCUAUAACCCAACUGGCGCGACCGAAUUGCGCGAGCUAUUUAAGCGUGCCGGAUUUUUCCGCAUCCUUCGCUCUAUGUAUCGCACAGAAAAGCAGUGGGUGCUACUGGCGGAAGCGUACCUACAAGACCCUAGCGUCGGCGCUCAUGAACUAUUUACGAACUUGAACGAGAUACUGGAACGGACACGAUCCCAGAAGGACCGGUUUGACGAAAUCCUUGCUUUGAUCCAAAACUACUUGCACCCCCUGGUGCAACUCGGCUUAAUUCAAACAGCCUACCUGCUCGACAAAUUCGCACCUUCCUUACACGUUCAAGCUGCCGAACUACUUAAAGCAGAGCACCUACGUUUCAAGUACUUGCGUGCUUUAGUACAGCCACAUCUGGCAUGGGAAGUAGAUGAUGAUGAACAGGAGGCGAUUCACAUCGCCCCGCCUCCCUCGCAACAUUUAGACGCUAGUUUACAACGAGAAUAUCUCUCGCUUAUGUGCCAGGAGGAACCAGAGACUAUCCUUCCAUUGCUAGAAUCCGACUCUGGAGCUUCUUUCGGCGUAGAGCAAAUAAUUGACAUCUGCUCCCAACACAAAAUGUUUAACGUCAUCGUAUGGGCAAUCGGUCGCGAAAGUGGGGCAGCACCCGCCAUCAAGCAACUGGAAGAAUUCCAACAAAACCAGACGGCGGAAAUCAUCCAGUGGAUAUCUGCCGCAGAUGAUUCCUUCCACAAUGGAGACUAUCCUGUGGAGCCCAUGGGCAGAUUGAAUGCGCUGUCAAAAACAGGUGUGCGUCUCUGCGAGCAAGCCAAGCAGGAAGACCUUUGGUUCCAACUACUUCGCGCCCAAAUUCGUAGCGUCCAGAGUGUUGUAUCUAUAGGCUCUAUUGCCCUAGAACGAGCACAGUUGCCCAUCAAUGAGCUACGCGCAACUAUUCAAGCUACAUUUUCCGCACUGACUGCACAAUCGUCGUCCCAACAACUCUCCUUCCCCAGGCUUUUCCGGCGUCUCCUAGACUCAAGCCAAGAAGAGCUUAUGCCAACGAAAAAUACCUAUACAGAGUUUCGACUCAUUUUGACUGGUAUGCUCGAAACAUAUCGGGCCGAAGGCGAUGUAUUGGGCAUAACCCAACGGCUAGUAGAGCAGGACUUAUUUGAGGUUAUGAACGAACACGUGCUUGCACGGCGCCGAGGUUGGCGAAGCGCUGCUCCUAUAUGCGCUGGGUGUAAUUCUGAGUUCAAUCUUAAACAAGACACUAAUCUUCAAGGUGGCUCCACAGGUGGCGAAAACAGUAUGGCAGACUCUAGUCAGCUAAUGCUUAUGGCAUCAGGCAUUAUAUACCAUCAAGCCUGCGCUCCUGUAUCAGUAGCCUAG